GUUUGCUGGGCAAGGAGCAGCGGGUGUGCGAGCAUGGCGCUGUGCGUGGGGAUGCUGCGCCUCGCGACGCUGCGGACCCCCGGGAUGGGGGUGCAGGGGGUGCGGUCCCGCCUCGCCGGGGGUGCGCAGGAAGCCAGGCUGCAGUGCGCUCGCCCGCUCAGUUCUGGGGAGAAGCACAGCACCCCAUCACCCAUUGGAGGUUUCAGCUAUGUCCAGGGUGGCACCCGAUUCCCUCUGAUACACCACACUGUGGGCCAGUGCCUGGAUGCCACGGCACAGAGGUUCCCUGACCGAGAGGCCUUGGUUGUCCUUCACGAAGACAUCAGGAUGACCUUUGCCCAGCUCAAGGACCAGGUGGACAAAGCUGCUUCCGGUCUGCUGAGCAUUGGCCUAAGUAAAGGUGAUCGGCUGGGCAUCUGGGGACCCAACUCCUAUGCGUGGGUGCUCAUGCAGCUGGCCACUGCUCAGGCGGGCAUUGUUCUGGUGUCUGUCAAUCCUGCCUACCAGGCUAUGGAGCUGGAGUAUGUCCUCAAAAAGGUGGGCUGCAAAGCCCUCGUGUUCCCCAAGCAGUUCAAGACCCAGCGAUACUACGACAUCCUGAAGCAGAUCUGCCCAGAGCUGGACAAGGCGCAGCCAGGGGCGCUGAAGAGUAAGAGGCUCCCAGAUCUGACUACAGUCAUCUCAGUGGACACCCCGAUGCCAGGAACCCUGCUGCUGGAUGAGGUGGUGGCGGAAGGCAGCACAGAGCAGCACCUGGCCCAGCUGCGGAGCUCGCAGCAGUUCUUGUCCAGCUAUGACCCCAUCAACAUCCAGUUCACCUCGGGGACGACAGGCAGCCCCAAGGGCGCCACCCUCUCGCACCACAACAUCGUGAACAACUCCAACCUGAUUGGCCUGCGCCUGGGCAUGCCCCUGAAGCUGCCAGAGGAGUUGCGGGUGGUCCUGCCCAGCCCUCUGUACCACUGCCUGGGCUCCGUGGGGGGCACAAUGGUGUCUAUGCUGCACGGUGCCACCCUCAUCCUCUCCUCGCCAAGCUUCAAUGGCAAGAAGGCGCUGGAGGCCAUCAGCGGAGAGAAAGGCUCCAUGCUGUAUGGCACCCCCACGAUGUUCGUGGACAUUCUGAACCAGCCAGACUUCUCCAGUUAUGACCUCUCAUCCAUACGAGGAGGUGUGAUCGCUGGCUCCCCGGCGCCCCCAGAGCUGAUCCGAGCAAUCAUCAACAAGAUGAAUAUGAAGGAGCUGGUGGUUGUUUAUGGAACCACAGAGAACAGUCCCGUGACUUUCAUGAAUUUCCCUGAGGACACCCUGGAGCAGAAGGCGGAAAGUGUGGGCAGGGUGAUGCCGCACACCGAGGCCCAGAUCGUGAACGUGGAGACCGGGGAGCUGGCCGCGCUGCACACGCCUGGGGAGCUGUGCAUCCGGGGCUACUGCGUCAUGCAAGGCUACUGGGCCGAGCCGGAGAAGACCUUUGAAGCAGUCGGGCAGGACAAGUGGUACCGGACAGGAGACAUUGCCACCAUGGAUGACGAGGGCUUCUGCAAAAUCGUGGGGCGCUCAAAAGACAUGAUCAUCCGGGGCGGCGAGAACAUCUACCCUGCGGAGCUGGAGGACUUCUUCCACACGCACCCGCAGGUGCAGGAGGUGCAGGUGGUGGGCGUGAAGGACCAGAGGAUGGGGGAGGAAAUCUGUGCCUGCAUCCGGCUGAAGAGCGGGGAGACCACCACGGAGGAGGAGAUCAAAGCUUUCUGCAAAGGAAAGAUCUCUCACUUCAAGAUUCCCCGCUACAUCGUGUUUGUGGCUGACUACCCCCUCACCAUCUCAGGAAAGAUCCAGAAAUACAAACUCCGAGAGCGGAUGGAACAGCACCUGAAACUGUGAAUCUGAGCAAGGAUCCUCCCUGGCCUGCCUCAUCCUGCCCGUGUCCCUGUGGUCUUGGUGACUGGGCACAAAUCUCCACAUGCCCAGGCUUCGCUGGGGUGUUCUGUCAGCAGCUGACAGGGUGGAGAAGGACGAGACCUGUGCGACAGUGCCCCGUCAUACUUCGUUGUGCUUCUGCUACUUACUGGAACCCUCGCCCCACCCCUUUGCGUUCCAGCCUCAUUCUUUGCUUUCGCAGGCCUUGCUUACUUAAUUCUUUCCCCUACUGUUAAGCCAGAAAUAUUCUGUUUUAAAAUAACACCGUCACUGAGAUAUAAUUCACAGACUAUAAUUUACCCAUUUAAAAAAAUUUUUU